UCGUAUCGUAACUUGCUCUUGUAAAAUAAAAACAAUCCAAUAUUUUUGAUUUUUUACUUUAUCAAAAAGAUUUCAUUACCUAAAUAUAUAUUCAUGUAUAUGAAUUAUUGAUGCAGUAUAAUUCAAGAAAAAAAUACAAUACUUUUAUUUUAUUUUGAUAAACAAUGUCCUGUGAAGUAAAGAUAUUCGCCAACAUCAUUGGGUUGAAAGAGGUGCAGGAACUUUUUGGUUUUUCUCAUGAUGAGAAUUGGUUAAAAUCUGUGGUUUAUUCAGUUUCCCCAACAUUAGAAACUAUAGUUUUUGCACAUGGCUGCAAACUAGUUUUUAUGACAUUGCAAGACAGUCAUUUAAAUUACAAAUUACCUAGAUACAUUAUAAGUUACAAAGGGGAAUUAGAAAAUGAGAACGAAAUAAUUACUUCAAUUAUAUGUCUACCAAUCUCUAACAGUUCAAAUAAUAGGGCUGAUUGGACUUGUAUUGCAGUUGGUUUGUCGUCUGGAUUAGUACAGUUUUAUAUAGAUUCCGGAAUCCAAAUAUUUUCACAAAGAUGGCAUACAGAAAAUGUUCUAUUUUUGAAAGCUCAGUCGGAUGGUAGAUUCUUAGAUGAAUUACAUGUUGGAUAUUUAUCAUGUGUUUGCAUAUUACAAGGUGUUCAAUUGUUUAACAUUUUAAAAAAUAUGAAACAAAUAGUUUUAAUAUCAUCAAAAAUGAAUAAUUUACAAAUUCCUGAAACUGUUCCUUGUCGUAAAUGGGAGUAUAGACUGAAGGCGGGUGGUUUAAUUAAUGAUGCUGUAGUCGUUGGAUCACAAGAAUCUUGUGCUUUUGAUCAUUAUUUAGAACAAAGUCUGGAAAAAGGUUUUUACGCUAAAUGUAGAAGUGCUCCGACACAAAACUCGCUUGUAGUUGGCAUAGGAGUCAAACCAUACACCGGAUUUUUCUAUGCUAAGGAAGGAUACGUAACUCCAGACUUUGGAGAUGUUGCCAAAGCUGUUGCUACAAAAGUUAUCUCCGCUAUUCCAAGUUGGAUAUUUAAGAGUUCAGCUGCCCAGAAUAAUUCAAAACGAUCCAAUGAAAAUGAAUUAUCAAAUCAACCCGGCGAACCAAUGCAUUGCCGUUUCGGAAUUUGUGAUAUUCAAAGGGAAGGAAUUAAUAUUUGGUUGGCUCCUGGCAAUGAAAUUGCAGUUGUAGCUGAUAAUUUACACAGAGUAAUAUUAAUUGACCUAAAUCGUGGCGUUGCUCUUAGAAUUUGGAAGGGAUAUAGAGAUGCCCAAUGUGGGUUCUUACGAGUUAAAGAAAAAUCUCUAAAAAAUUCUGAUAAAUCUAGUAAGAGAAGAGCACUUUUUCUAAUUAUAUACGUACCUAGUAUGUCUUGCUUAGAAAUAUGGGCUUUGCAAAACGGUCCAAGAGUGGCUGCGUUUACCAUUAGUAAAAACGGACAGCUUUCUUAUAAUACACACAGCUUAAUGGCCAUUAAUAGUGGUGUAAAAUCAAAGAUUAAUGAUUGUAAAUGUGUGUUUAUUGAUCCUUCCGACGAAACUUUAAAAAGUUUUUCAAUACCGUUUCAUUGUGCUUUAAGUGAAGGAAAUUCAAAAACUGCAAAAGAUAUACACUUAUUACGCAGAUUGAAAGUUUUUUUGAGAGCAGAUGGAAAUGAAGAUGAUGUGAUUUCCGAGAUCGAAGCACUCUGCGGAAAUCUGCAAACUGAUGAGCUUCGCGCUCAAUGUUUAGACAUAUUAACAAAAAGUAAAAAACUUAGAGCUGAAGUAUUGCUUGUAGCAGUUAAAACGUUAGAAAAAUCUUGUACCACAACAGAUGUAGAAAAUGAUUCGGUGGAGAAUAAUAACGGAAACACAUUGAAAAGAAAGCGUUCCGUUUCGAUAAGUUGUAAAUCAAUGGCGACUCUUUUAAAAAGUUAUGAACAAUUAGCAGAAUUUUAUUUAAAAAUUAAAAGCUUUCAUCCCCACAACGAUGAAGAGAGUGCUAAGACAAAUUAUUCAAAAUUAAUUUUAAAUGAGGUUGAUUUGGAAGUAAUACAAACUUUACUUGACUUAGGUCAGAAAAAUAAGUCAAAUUACUCAAAUAACUGCAAAGUUAAGUUUGAAGAAAUGCAAGGAUCUGGUGAUUUUCUUGAAUUUUUGAAUAUUUUUUUAGUCGAUACGCCACAAGUUUGUUUAAAUCCUAAAAAGAGAGAGUUUUAUGGUUUUAUUGGUGCUGAUUUGUUUUCUAAAUUUCUUGAGCAAGGUCAAGAUUUAAACUGUUAUAUUCAAAGUAUUCAAGAUACAUUAAUUCCAAACGAAGAUCUUUUAAAUUUAGUUUUACAUUAUUGGCUCGAAAGGCCCUUCAAUUACUUAAAAUGUGAAGAAAUAAUUGAAGACAUGGCGCGUCUAGGCAUAGCAAUACAAAUUAUCUGUGAUAAAGCUGAACCUGUUAUCAAAUAUGAAUACAAUUUAAUUAGUCCCUGGUGGCAAAAUGUAAGGGAAGUUCUACUUGAAAGUCCAAGUGCUGCAAGGGGUUUACUAGCGGCUAUGGUUUGCAGAAACAUAUCAUUUGCCAUACAGAAAAAUGAAAAAGUUUAUGAGGGUGAUUAUGACGAAGAAGGGGAGGAGCUUUGGGAGCAAGUAUCGCAAGAAGCGGCUCAAUGGACAUUACUAAUUGGUAAAUUAGAUGAUAUAUCAAUUCUGGGAGCUAUUUUAAGUGUACCUGUAAUAAGUAAUGAGCGGAUAAUGCCAACUAUUCCGUAUACAAAGCCAGAUUGUAGUCUUAAAGCAAUUUUGUGUAAUGGAAAAGGGACCGUGUCUGAAUUAACUGCGAAAUGGUUGGCGAAUUCAGGAAUUAGUCCUAAACAUAUAUUGGAAACCAAAGAAUUUAAAGGAGAUUCAAAUGUAGCUGAAAAGAAUCAUCCGGAAAAUAUUAAUGAAGAAGAACUACAAUCUAAAGAAACUGAAAAAGAUUUGGUCAUUACUAAUUUAAAUAUACUAAGACAACAUUUUCCGUUUAGUUUAGAAUCUGGUAUUCUUUUAUGUCAUCUAAGCUGGGAGUAUAUGUCUUAUUGGAGUAAAAAUUUACCCCAAUUGGAGUACCUUGAGGCAGGAUUAAAAUGCUUGAAAACUUUCAAAGAAGAAGAUUUUGCAUUAAAACAUGGCCUGUGUUGUAUGAUUUGGAAUGCACAUUUGAAAAUCCCCCUAGAAGCUACUAAAAAACUUAUCCACAAAGUAGGUAAAUUGCCCAAAGAGAAACUUUGCCAGCAAGAAAUAGGGAUGUCAAUGCAAAAUGUUACACAUUUCUUAGACCUUUGUUUAGAGUUCUUAGAAAAUUUUCAGAAGUCACUGUACCAUGACAAACGUGAAUUAAAAUUUGAAGAAAUUUUACAAGACGACCAAAUUCCUUUAACGUUUUUAGCUUUACAAAAGAAUCAUGCCAUUCUUGAAAUAUUAUUGUUACAUAUCGAAUUAUGUAAAGUUUUACAUUUAAUUUCUUUCUUUUCACUGAAAGUUCAGAAACCUAUGACUUUUUUAUUUGAUCCGAUAGCAAAUCAAACUUUCUUUGCUGAAAUCAAUCAAGAGCUCAAUUAUUCUCUUACCAAAGCCGAUUUUGUGUUACAAAAACAAAGGGACGAAUUUUUAUGUCAAGCAGUUUCAGCCUCAAUGGAUUUAAUUAGAGAAGACCUAGAGCGUUUGUAUAUUUUAGAACACGUCGAGUUCAUGAAAAGGAUAGAGGAAUUAGCAGAAAUGUGGGAUCUUGAUAAAAGUGUUAUUAAAAAACAUCAGGUUGUGGAAAUUUAUGCGCACGGUUGGGAUGUUUAUGCUGAAGAACUUUUGCAAGAUAUAGCAGAUAAAGAAUCAAUUGGACCAUUAUUAUUAGAAAUAGCUGGUCGACGUUUGAAUUUAUUUGCAUCAGAUUCAUCAUCAAUAUUUUGUCAAGUAGCAUCUAUUGGACCACAGUUAUUAAACUAUCUAGAUAAUUUAAAAACAGAUACGGCAGGCGUUCAGAUUACACAAGAAACGCCAGAAGAAAUAAAAUUGAGUUCUCUUACUACAUUAGCUGCUCGAACAUUUGAAUGUUUAUCAACAAAAAAAUCAAGAUUUGUUCAUACUGCUGCACAAUUAUACGAUGCCUGUAUAUUACUGAACACUGUUUUGAGUUAAUAUGUAUAUUAAUGUAUUUUUGGUUUAAAAAAUUUGGUGUUAAAAUUUAUAUGUUAACAAUAUUUUUUUUUAAUUCUAUGAUAUGCACUUGUUAGAAAAUUAUUAAUAAAUAUUUAUACCUAA